ACUUGUCAGAAAACUUGAAAAAUCAGUUGGAUUCGCUGGAACAGUCUACAAAGCAACGCUUAGAUGCAUUGGAAUUGUUUGUACAAGAGUAUAUUGUUGACACAACUUAUUUGGAUGGAUUGCAUGAGAACAAUUAUCCGAAUAAAUUGAGUACUAUAUUCGGAUAUUAUUUUGAAUAG